AUGAUGAUGGAGUACCUCGUAAACAGGGAGAGGGAACAACUACUGUGGAACGACCCAAGUCGUUAUGCUGUCACAAAUAAAAAAAAAUAUACAAAUGAAUAUCCUUUUUAUUAUUGUAACGGAGGCAAGGACGACCAUGUCGACCUUUGGAAUUUUUUAAAAUACAAAAAUGAUGAAAUAUGUUUUUCUUCGGAGGGGGAAGAGAACAAGUGCAUUGCUGAGAUAGCCCCAAACGAAGCAACACGAGCAAGAGGCAGCUUGCUGGGGACGCCCAAGAGGACGCGAAUGCACUUCGAGUCCGGUGGUUGGGUUGCCAACCUCCUGCAGAGUUACUCCCCGGACUGUGUGCCCCAUGGAUUGACCCGCAGCGACGGUUUGGAACACCCAGCACGUGGCAGUGCCACACACAGUGUCAUAUGUAGCACCCCCCCCGUUGAUGCUACCCCGGCUAAUACAGCAGAUGACAAUGCAAACGAGCAGAGUAGCGAGCGAGAAGGUGCAUGGAAGAAGGUGAGGACCGGCCAUGUGGACAACCCGGAUGAAUCCUACCGCAGUGGAUACGCGAUUUGGUCCAAUGAGCAUGUGGACCCAAGCGAAGAGAAUGAUGGGGCUCGUUCGCAGAGGGAGAAAGAAGGAACAAAUGUUGAAACCACGAACACUGCAAUAACGCCAUCGUUGAAGAUUGAAAAAUGUACACAGGGGGAGGGAUGUAGUGGUGGUCCCUCAAUUUGCAGCGGGGAGUGUCGUGGUGCCUUCGUCGGAGCAGAUAAAUUGGUGCAUUUGCCAAACAGGUGGCAAGCAAGAAGUUGCACGGCGGAAGGGAACGACUGCAGUGGGGGUGAUGGAGCAGGGAGUUCGUCUAACGGUGGUGGAGCAAGCAAUUCACUGAACAGUGGAUGCAACGUAGGGGGGAGCGGAGGAAGUGGUGGCAACCACGGUAGUAGUGGCGACGACGGAAAAGGAAAUGGGAACCGCGGGAAUGGCCACUUGGAUGGUGGUCACCAGGAGGAUAACCCAGAGGAGGAGAACGACGAAGAAGAAAAGGAAAAGAAGAAGAAUGAGCAGAGAAAACGCAAACAUGGCGAAGACAACAUACAACAGGGGGGUAUGACAAACGGUGAGAAUGGUUUAUACAUGGGGGGAGACCCCAAAAUGAAUUACCUGCCCAAUGGAAAUGCAAUGGUUAAUGGGGGGUUCCGCAUCGGGCCAAAUGAACUAAUGGACCACGAAAGGGCACUUGCCAUGGGUCAGAGGAAAUUUUCACCAGGAGUUCAUUACAGCAACAGUAGCAGCAGCAUGGGUAAGAUGGAAAAUGGCCCCAUGAAUUUCUCCUCCCCCAACAAGAUACCGCCACACAGUUUGGUAGGUGCAAGCGGAAAUGCGUCCCUCAUGAAUGGAGCGAAACUUAGCGCCGAAGGUGGAAGCUUCAAAAACGGGACCACCCUGGCGGGAAGCAAAAAUGUGGCCAUGAAAAGUUUGAGCGGUGGUAUUGGUGGAGGUAACAUGGGCUUCCCCCCAAAUAAAUCUUUUAUGGCGAACCCACAAAUGGGGUUUAUGAGCAACGCGAAUGUGGGGGGCGCCAAGGGGUCGCGAAUGAAUGGCCCUCACUUCAAAGACAUGAACGAUGAGUACUCUACGGAGAGCAAAAAAAAAGACACAGGGAAGAAAGAAAUGAUGGAAGGACCAUUAAAAAGCAGCGACAUGAACAUGUAUCCUAAUAAUGCCAUUGGUGUUGGAAGUAAUAACAUGAACAUGUUUCCCCCUCAUGGAAUGAAUAGCGCCAACGUAUUUUUAAACAGCCACAUGAGUCGAAUGAACAGUCUGAACGCAAUGAAAGGGAUUGUAAAUCCAUACAAUGCACUAAAUAUGCCACCGAUGAUUGGUGCAGGUGGGAGCUCUUACAAUUUCCAUGUGCCUCCUCCUCAUCCCUAUGCCAGCAUGCAUAUGAUGAACUCUAUGGGGCUGAUGGGGAGCGGUGUGGGGAGUGCCGCUGCGGCUGCAGGUGGUAUGUUUCCUGGAGGUCCCAUCAACGACAUGCACGCCGGGGUGGUGAACAGUCCAAGCAGGGCAGCCAGCGCCACGCAAGCAGCAACGUCCAAGGGCACCAAAAAUGUAAGCAGCCAAAGUGGAGGCGCAAGUGGAACGGAAAAUGAGAAUGCGAAGAAGAAUUCUGGUGACGCGCCCUCAAAUAAUAAAGGAACAAAUAAAAUAAAUAGCACCACGGAAAAUAAUAAAAACGGAAUUAAGAAUAUACGAAUGGAAGAUCUCACCUUUAGUGAAAAUGUUUAUCUGAAGAAUGUAGAUGGUCUUGACUUGAGUAAGAAUUUUGUGAAUGGAAAAUAUUGCUCCAAGCUACCCCCCAGUGAAAAAAUUUAUAAUAUUGUUAAUUAUAUUGUGAAGAAUUCCCUUGUGGACUAUCUAUUAGAAUUUUGUAACAACGAGAAUUUACUUUAUAAUGAAAAAUGCGACAUGUCAGAUGGGAACAGCGGGGCGGAUGUCGGCCCCAAGGGAGGUGUCACUCAGGAUGAGCAGGCAGGAGACAAGGAGAAUUGUUCGAAUGUGAAGGAGGAGAAUGGAGAGGAGAACGCGGUGCAAAUUAGUAAUGAGGGAGGAGAAGCGGUGGUUGAUGACGAUGGUAAGGAAGCCGUUAAGAAGGAAGACGAAGCAGUUAAUGACGAGGGGACGGUUGUCGUGGAUGGUGUUACCUCGACAGAGGAAGCUGCCCAAGACAAACCUGCAGAAGGACAGACGGGACAGGAACAUGACAAUGGGGUAGUGAAAGAUGAACAGCUCAAGGGGGACACCAUCUACAGGAAUGGCCAUAAUGGCUGCAGCGGGGGCAGUGGCGGCAAUGGCGAUUUGCGUAGCGUGGAACACGAAGCGGAUGAAAGCAACAAGUACAUCUUAACAGAAAUAACGAAAAGCAUAUGCUCCAUAAUAAACCUUCAGCAGCUCAUGCCAGUCAACAACAGAGUGAGUAACCCCAAUUUGAUUUAUGAUCCUAACUAUGAAACCAUUUAUUCAAAAUGGAAAACUUUUUUAAGAAAGGAGCAAUCUAGUGGUAAUGUGAUAAGCAUGUGUUUCUCUAGGGAUUUCCUGCACACCGUUUUGCUGUGCAACUAUGUAACGAUUAUUGAAGAUUUGAAGAAGACAGCCGUGAAGAAGAAAAUAAAGUAUUUUUUCCUGCACCUGUGUCUAGAGGCCGGGCUCUCCGUCAACGUCGCCCUCAUGCUCUUCAUCAACGCGGCCAAGCAGAGCAACAAGUUGCAGUCCCUGCUUCCCUCCGAAACCGGCCUGGGAUACCUGCACCGAGACGCAGGAGGAGCCAAAGAAGAAAACAUGGGUAUCAUCACCUUCGAGUGCAUCACGAAUGACCGAGAACCCGAUCACCUAAUUAAGCUCAUAACACUGAAGAACAUCUUCUCGAGGCAGCUACCCAAGAUGCCUCGAGAGUACAUUGUGCGCUUAGUGUUCGAUAGGAAUCACUACACGUUUUGUCUUUUGAAGAAGAACACGGUGAUUGGGGGAGUCUGUUUUAGGCCCUACUUUGAGCAGAGGUUUGCUGAGAUCGCUUUUCUGGCGGUGACCUCGACGGAGCAGGUGAAGGGUUACGGCACGAGGCUGAUGAAUCACCUGAAGGAGCACGUGAAGAAGUUUGGCAUUGAGUACUUUUUGACUUAUGCAGACAACUUCGCCAUCGGGUACUUCCGCAAGCAGGGCUUCUCACAGAAGAUUUCCAUGCCCAAGGAGAGGUGGUUUGGUUACAUAAAGGACUAUGACGGGGGCACCCUAAUGGAGUGUUAUAUAUUUCCUAACAUAAAUUACCUGCGCUUAUCUGAAAUGUUAUAUGAACAGAAGAAAACCGUUAAAAAGGCGAUUCAUUUUAUUAAACCUCAAAUUGUGUUUAAGGGGCUGAACGUGUUUGUUCAAAAUAAAGGAGUGAACAGUGCCAUUCACCCGAGUAACAUCCCGGGGUUGCUCGAAGUCGGGUGGAAAAAGGAAGUGAAAUAUUUUCCCAAGAAGGCACAAAAUAAGGAAGUACAGCUGAAGGAUCAAAUUAUUAGUGUCCUGGACUUCCUCGAAAAGCAGCAGUCCGCUUGGCCCUUCCUCAAACCCGUCAGCCUGUCAGAGGCCCCCGACUACUACGACAUUAUAAAAGAGCCCACGGACAUUUUGACCAUGAGGAGGAAGGCCAGACAUGGCGAGUACAAAACGAAGGAGGAUUUCGGAAUCGAGCUGAAGCGCAUGUUUGACAAUUGCAGGCUCUACAACGCACCCACGACGAUCUACUUCAAGUACGCGAACGAGUUGCAGGCGCUCAUAUGGCCCAAGUACGAGUGCAUAACUGAUGGAGGAAAGUGA